AAGUGGGAGCACUAUAUAACAAAAACAUAAGAACAAAGUUACGUGGAAAAGACAGCUUGGUCCUGAAGCGGCCGUCAUCUGUGCGUUAUUUAGCUUUUCGAAAUCUUAACUGGGUGUGUUUAGGUUUCGUAGUGCAGUACAAAGUGGUUUGAGGAGACCCUCUUAUCUUCGACAAAACUACAUUCAGUGAUCUAUCAAAACACAAUCAUGUUUAGGUUCGUAGUCUGCAGAGGAGUGACAGCAAGAGCCCCCCAGAAGGGUCUCAGCUGGUUCAGUUCUUUCAAUCUUUCAAGAUCUAUUCAUUCUAUACCCUUUGCUACAGUAGACAUUGAAGAGAUAUCAGGUUCUCAACCUGCUGAAGUUCAUAAUUUGGUGCAGGGUAAAUGGAAAGGAUCUUCAAGUUGGAAUAUACUUCUCGAUCCUUUAAAUGGAGAUCCAUUCAUUAAAGUCGCUGACGUAGAUGAAGCAGGCAUUCAGCCAUAUGUCGAGAGCUUGUCCAAGUGUCCAAAACAUGGUCUACACAAUCCCUUUAAAGAGCCAGAGAGGUAUCUUUUGUUUGGAGACAUAUCUGCAAAGGCAGCCCAUAUGCUUUCGCUCCCAAAGGUUUCUGAUUUCUUCACUAGGUUAAUACAAAGGGUUGCUCCAAAGAGUUACCAGCAAGCUCUUGGUGAAGUUCAAGUUACACAAAAAUUUCUACAGAAUUUCUCUGGUGAUCAGGUUCGUUUUCUUGCAAGGUCUUUUGGAAUACCUGGAAAUCAUCUCGGACAGCAAAGUCAUGGCUUUCGUUGGCCUUAUGGUCCUGUUGCAAUUAUUACUCCUUUCAAUUUUCCGCUGGAGAUUCCUGCACUUCAGUUGAUGGGAGCACUUUACAUGGGCAACAAACCCAUUCUUAAAGUUGAUAGCAAGGUGAGCAUUGUCAUGGAGCAAAUGAUGCGAUUACUUCAUUAUUGUGGGUUACCUGUGGAUGAUGUUGACUUUAUAAAUUCUGAUGGGAAGACAAUGAACAAGAUAUUAUUGGAGGCAAAUCCACGAAUGACCCUCUUUACUGGUAGCUCAAGAGUGGCAGAUAAGUUGGCUGUUGACCUUAAAGGUCGCAUUAAAUUGGAAGAUGCAGGGUUUGACUGGAAAAUUCUUGGGCCUGAUGUUCAGGAGGAAGAUUAUGUUGCAUGGGUCUGUGAUCAGGAUGCAUAUGCAUGCAGUGGUCAGAAGUGCUCCGCACAAUCAAUGCUAUUCAUGCAUGAGAACUGGUCUCGGACUUCACUUGUAUCCAAAAUAAGAGAUCUUGCUGAGAGAAGGAAUUUGGAAGAUUUAACUAUUGGCCCAGUCCUUACUUUCACAACUGAAGCUAUGCUAGAACACAUGAGUAAAUUGCUUCAGAUACCAGGUUCAAAACUACUCUUUGGGGGUGAACCUUUAAAGAAUCAUUCCAUUCCACCCAUAUAUGGUGCUAUAAAACCAACAGCCAUUUAUGUUCCACUUGAAGAGAUUUUGAAGAAGAAUACUUAUGAGCUUGUAACAAGAGAGAUUUUUGGACCAUUCCAGAUCGUUACUGACUAUAAGAGAGAUCAACUGUCAAUGGUAUUGGAUGCUGUGGAGAGGAUGCACGCACAUUUAACAGCUGCUGUGGUUUCAAAUGAUCCCCUGUUCCUGCAGGAAGUUAUUGGAAACACAGUAAAUGGGACUACUUAUGCUGGACUAAGAGCAAGAACAACUGGAGCUCCACAGAAUCAUUGGUUCGGACCAGCUGGAGACCCCAGGGGUGCUGGAAUUGGGACCCCAGAAGCAAUAAAGCUUGUUUGGUCUUGCCAUAGAGAGAUAAUAUACGAUGUUGGCCCACUGCCAAGGCACUGGGAAAUUCCACCAUCAACCUGAAGAGGAUUCAUGCUGACACCAGAAGAAGAUAAAUGAUUUAGCUUACAAUGUGAUGGAAGCCCAGUCCGGACUUAACAGUUGUGUUUGUGCGGCUUUGGAGUUUUCGGUCUUGCAUUUUUCCGGCCGUAGGAGUUAGACUUCAAUAAGAGCUUUUUGUUAGAACUCUUCUGGGAGUCAGAUGUUUGUUUGUUAUUCAAUAAAAAGGGAGAAGAAGAAUUUUGUCAAA